AUGGCUCCAUCAACCCUCCAAAUCAAAGUAAAUGCAUUGAAAAGACUUCUCAAGGAAGAAAAAUUAUAUAAAAAUGAAGUCACUGAGCAAGAGCAAUUUGUGGAACAAAUGAAGGCAAAUAAGGCUGACGAAUACGAAGUAAAGAAGCAAAUUGAAGUGUUACAAGAAUCUCAAAGAAUGGUCCCCGAAGUGACUAAAAAGAUCGCUGAUCAUAAAGAAGCAUUGAGUCAAUUCUUAGAUGCUUACAAAGGAGACGAAGAUGUUACAGAAGCCAAGGCUUUAAUUUAG